UUUGUAUUUUAGUCAUCUGCGCUUCGCCAGAGCGUCGUGAACCGCGAAAUGCGAAAGUCGGGCCCAGGAUUUUGUAUUAUGUAUUUUUCAUAAAACUGAUUUCGUAACUCUUUUUUGUCUAAAUUUUCAAUCGAUUUUUCACGGCGCGAUGGCUACUAAAUGUCGUAUAUUCGGUUUAGUUGUCGGUGUAAUAGUGGCACUGGUCGGUGUUUUAUGUGGUUUCUUCAUUUUUCCAAAAGUAGUAUCCAAUUCUGUUGCCGAAUCAGUAAAAUUAUAUGAUGGAUCUGAUGCCUAUAGAAGAUGGGAAGAAUUACCUAUUCCAAUGAAAUUUAAAGUCUACUUUUUCAAUGUCACCAAUCCUGGUGAAGUUCAACUAGGACACAAACCUGUCGUUCAAGAAGUGGGCCCGUUUGUUUACGAUCAGUAUCGAUAUAAAUACAAUAUAUCUAGAAAUACUUCAUCAAAUGAGUUGACAUAUUAUCAAAACCAAGUUUUGAAAUUCAAUUCUGAAGACUCGCACCCGCUCAAAGAAACCGAUUUUGUCACUGUGGCCAAUCUUCCGUUGAUGGCAACCAUAAAUUCAGCCAUGAAACUCAAAUUUAAAAUAAAAAUUAUAAGCAGGACCAUGGAUCAGCUUUUCGACAAACCGCAGGACCUAUUUCUCAGAACGACUGUUAGAGAUUUUUUGUUUGAUGGAAUACCAAUUAGAUGCCAGGAGAGAACGAAUCCAGAUCUCAUACAGGCGUGUAAUAGUGUUGAUUAUACAUCAAAAAAGACGCCAUUCAUAAAAUUACAACCAGAUAAUGGUUUCAAAUUUUCUCUUUUAAGCCAUAAAAAUAAUGCAGAUGACGGUCAGUAUACUGUCAAAAGCGGAGAAGAUGACGUUCAGCUUUUAGGUGAAAUAAAGUCUUGGAAGAAUUCCUCUACACUAAUUGAUGUGUGGAGUAAUGAAACUUGUAGUAAAAUUUACGGAACUGAUUCCACUAUUUUUCCACCCCAUGUAACGGAGUCGUCAAAACUUAGUACUUUUCAAUCUGACAUAUGCAGGUCCGUGGAUCUAACGUAUCAAGAGAAAACUACUUAUAGGAAAGUAGAUGGCUUAAGAUUUAUAACCGAUGAAAAUAUGCUUACCGCAUCAAGAAAUUACUCUAAAAAUGCAUGUUACUGCUUGAAAAAAACUCUGGGAAUUACAUAUGAGGAUGGUUGCCUUCUUGACGGCGCUCUAGAGUUACAAGGCUGCCUACAUGCUCCAGUUGUUAUGACCUUCCCACACUUUUAUUUAGCAGCCGACGAGUAUAAGAAAUCCGUGGAUGGAUUGCAGCCAGUCCCAUUGUUGCAUCGUACUUUUGUCGAUUUAGAACCUAACACCGGUGUCGUACUGCGAGGUAGUAAGCGAGCGCAAUUCAACAUAUUUUACCGAUCUGUCGAGGGUAUAAAACUGACCGAGAACUUAACUGACUCGCUCAUGCCCGUAGUUUGGUUUGACGAGGGAGCUGAAUUGAAUGAUGAAAUGCUCGAAAUACUUGACUUCAGUCUUUUUAGUCCAAUGAGAAUGUUGGACAACAUCGUUUGGUCACUAAUUGGUCUUGGUGCAGUCUUUGCCGUAGUUAGUUUAAUGAGUUGUAUGUUUAGAAAAAAGACGUAAAACUGCUACUUAAUAAGCGAGAUAUUGGAUAGGUACAACAUCAAAGCCAUGAGAUACUAUAAAAAAAUUUGACUCGACUUUUAUGGAGAUCUAAUCAAUCAAAGAAUAAAAUUGAUAAAUUUAAAGUUA